GCUGGGCAAGAGAUUUGCUCCUACCUACUUAGUGUAGUACCUGGAUACUUCUCUAUGUACGGAGUUUUUCGUACAGAAUUCGGUCGUGACUUUCUCCGGACCCGGCCGUGGCGGGCGGUUCGGUGUCGUCACCUGGAUUUGGGUGCUGCGAGUUCUGCUCGUUCCUUGGCGACCACUAACAAACAUGGAGCAAGCCCCACCAAAAAAUGCAGCGCAAGGGCCAACAAACUGGGCAAGCCUGCUGCACCGCGAAAUUUUUGGCCUGGCUCUUGCCUUCGUCAAGCUCAGGUCUUAGCAAACCAGACGAGAGUCUCCAGCAAGCUGCUCAAACUCCACGACAUCGAGAGAACCCCUCGGACCAGCCCCGGCGAUUUCACUACCACCUGCCCUCUCCUCCCGCCGAGGAAACUUCCGUUUCGAUAUAGAAUCAGCCGAAACCAGCCCUCACAAGCUGCGAUUGCUCUCAUAAUGGCGUCCAGCUACAGCUCGCCAUUUGCGGCAUUGCAAAAUAACCCCAUCUUCUCCGGUCUCUCAGAUGUUUACAAUGCUUUCCAAGAGAGGAGAGCAAAGCUCGGCUUGUCAAAUCCCGGAAAGGUAGAAGACAUCUCCAAGGAGGUCAACAGAGAUGUUCUUGCCCAGCAGCACAUGUUCUCCGGCCUUCGCGCCGAGCUCACAAAGCCUUUCAGCCUGAGCCCUCUGUUUCAAGUAUCACAUCAGUUUGCGCUGGGCGAGCGUCUGAACCCCUAUACAUUUGCAGCUCUUUACGGAACCAACCGGUGUUUCGCCCAGGGCAGCAUUGAUGAGGUUGGCGCUCUUUCUGGACGAUUCAACUGGAGAUGGGGCCCCGACUCGACACACGUCAGCAAGUCGCAGUUCCAGGUCGGCACCGGACAGGGUGAUUCCAUCCAGCUCGAGCACGAAUACAAUGGCGCCGACUUUGUGGCCUCACUCAAGGCCCUCAACCCCUCCGUCCUCGAGGGCGGUUUGAGCGGUAUCCUUAUCGGUCAUUACAUGCAGUCGCUCACUCCCAAACUUGCCGUCGGCCUCGAAGCUGUUUGGCAACGUCAGUCGAGACUCGAACCUCCGGUAACGGCUGUCAGUUAUGUUGCCCGUUACAAGGCCGAGGACUGGAUCGCCAGCGCUCAGUUGCAGGCCCAGGGUGCUCUGAAUACCUCGUACUGGCGCCGCCUCUCUGACAAGGUUCAGGCUGGUGUCGAUAUGUCGCUUAGUGUUGCUCCUGCUAACCCCAUGUUGGGUGGCGGUCUCCAGAAGGAGGGCGUUACUGCUUUCGGAGCCAAGUACGACUUCAGAAUGUCGACUUUCCGGGCGCAGAUCGACUCGAAGGGCAGACUUGGCUGUGUGCUCGAGAAGCGCGUCAUGGCUCCUCUCAUGAUGACCUUCUCUGCUGACGUUGACCACAUGACGCAACAAGCGAAGGUGGGCGUUGCGAUUGCCAUCGAGGCUGCCCCUGAGAUGGACGAGCAGGAGAUGAUGGCCGCCUCCCAGGCUGCCCCGGUCAACAUCCCCUUCUAAAUGUUGCCGCAGGUCCGCGGAUAAUGUAAGAUAUUACAGGCCUUGUAUCUUCGCCCCUCACGCUCGAGAUCGCAUAUCCAACUUAAUUCCCGCCCAGUUCCUGUCGGGCAGUGACAACUGACCAGUUUGCCGGAUGCCAUUGCCGGUGAUGAUGCUCGCAAUCUGUUAUCCUUUCUUCACCCCCUGUUCACUAUGAAGGAUUGGCUUCCGUGGCCCGCCUACGACCAAUAACGACAUCGGCAAGGGGUUUCUGUCGAUCACGAGCGCAACGGUCAUUGAAUGAUGGCCUUUUAUGGACGGGACGAUGGACGUUUCCUGUUCUUUUUGACCCCCAUUCCGCGCUCACGAUAUCUCUCUCCGAACACUAAGAGAAGCAUGCCCCCCAGUCCUCGACCUAAUCAUUUUCAGAAGACGGUCAAUAUAUGUGGCGAUGAUGUCCAAAGAGAGAAAGUGGCGCGAAUCUGUACUAUAGAUGUUUUGAAUUAUGGCGGUGGCUGGGUGGGGUUUUGGGGUUUGGGUUGGUUUGUGGUUGCAAGUGGUCUUUUCAUUUUGUCUUUCUCCCCAUUCUUGUCAAAAGCUGUCUUUUCUCAUGACGACAUACCAAAACACUGGGGGCGGGGGUGAAGGAAAGGGAAAGGAGCAGAACAAGAGAUCGUCCGCGACAAGCAAAGUUUGCCGAUGCGCAAAUAUUACCAGAGGUCAGUCGAUUUGGGCCCGAGUCCGUCUAUUCCCAUAUCCAGCGCGAUGUGGCUCAGUACAGGCUUGGUCCUAAUGCUCAUCAAUGGCCAACGCCUGGUGGUACUUCAAGGCUUUCUAUCUAUUGUGCCUCCUUCCAGAUUGUGUAUAUAUAUAAACCCCCGGUGCUGUAAAAUAACGAAUUAUUUCUCCUUGUCCAUGUUCCCACAUGCAUUUCUUUAUAACAGAACGAAC